GCCACCUGCAGCCUGGGAAAGAGAGUGUCAUGGCAACCUCCAAUCCGCUGCCGGAGUCCGAAGAACUGGACGUGCUGCGCGGCAAGUUGCGGGAGCUGCUGCGGUUUCUUCGCAAAGCCUUGCCCAUCGCCAACGCGCACACGGUGGACUUUUACACGGGGUCCUUGUGGGAGCGCUUCGUGGAAGGGUCCCCCGACAAGGUAAUGGAAGCUCUGAGAUCCCGGGAACGCCCUGCUGAAGCCGCGCCUGCGCACUGUGCGGAGCGCCUCUUGGAGGGAGCCGGAGAAAGCUCAGGUAUUAGUGAGUUUUCCAACAUAUUCUGUGAAAAUUCUCAGAAGCUGGUGAAUGUGGAAGCCUUUGCUUUUGCAGCUAAAUAUUAUUCUCUGCCAUAUUUUGGAGUAUGUACAUCUUUGGAACAAUUGCUUAUCACAUUUAAUGGAGAUCAACGACUAAGACCGGGUAAUAACGUAAAACCAGAUGAUUUUAUGAAUGCCAAAAAAUCUCAUGAAGUUCAAGUGAUGUCAGAACUUAUAGGCUGUAUUGCAGAUUUCUGUGGCAUAAAACAGGUAAUUGAUCUUGGCUCUGGUAAAGGCUAUCUAAGCUCCUUUCUAUCCAUGCAGUAUGGCUUAAAGGUUUAUGGAAUUGAUUCCUCAAAUGUCAAUACUCAUGGAGCAAAGGAAAGAAACAGAAAAUUGAAGAAACACUGGAAAGUCUAUCAAACUCAGUCAAGAGCACAUAUCGAUGCUCAGGUAUUAGAAAAGGUAAAAGAGAGUACAGCCCAAGAUGAACAGAAAUGUAAAACAAAAAUCAAAGAAAAGCUCUUAAGUAUAAACAGUUGUCUUAUAAAUCAGGACAAGAGAUCUGUCUCAGAUUCAGUUCUGUCAGAUUUCACAGACACUGUAAUUUCUAAUGUCACAAGGCAAAUGGAAAAUCACACUGAUCCUCUGCCACAAACUGCUGGCAGCUUUCUUCUGGAAAAUAGAUCUCCUCUUUUAAAUGUUUUGCCUGUUGAUGCCAAGAAACUUGCUUCUCCAGCCACUAAAGACUACAGGAAACUUUCUGAAGAGCAUAAAGAAAGAAAAAAAACAGUGACCAUUAAGGAUCAAACAAAGGAGUCAAUUGAAUCCAGCAUUUAUUCACCUUUAACAUCUUUUAUCACUGCAGAAUCUGAACUUUGUGACAUCAUUACAGAUCUGGAGGAUUGUAUUAUGGUGGGUCUGCAUACAUGUGGGGAUCUUGCUGCAAAUACUCUUCGGAUAUUUACGUCUAAGUCUGAAAUCAAAGGAGUUUGCAGUGUUGGUUGUUGCUAUCACCUUUUAUCUGAAAAGUAUGAAAAACAGUGCAAAGAUUCCACUCUGGAAAUGUGGGGCUUUCCUCUGUGCCAGUACUUAAAGGAAGAGGGCUGGUGCUGUGGUCGAAAUGCCAGAAUGUCAGCAUGCUUGGCUUUGGAACGGGUUGUAGUCGGCCAAGGGCUGGCCACUGAAUCUUUGUUUUAUCGUGCUGUCCUUCAAGAGAUUAUUAAAGAAUGUUAUGGCAUUGCUGAAUGUGAUAAGCAUGUUGGUAAAGUUUAUUCCAAGUCUACUUCCUUUUUGGAUUAUGUCAGAAAAUCUCUGAAGAAACUUGAAUUAGAUGACUCCAAGCUUACAGAAAAAAAAAUAAUGGAAUACUAUGAGAAGUAUAAGCUAAGAAUAAAUGAACUGGAAGCAUUUAAUAUGCUGAAAGUUAUUUUGGCUCCUUGUAUAGAGACUUUGAUACUUAUGGAUCGACUUUGCUAUCUUAAAGAACAGGACAACAUUGCCUGGUCUGCACUCGUGAAGUUAUUUGAUCCUGUGAAAUCCCCCAGAUGCUAUGCUGUUAUUGCUCUGAAGAAACAGCCAUGCUUUCAAGUUGAAGCAAGUUGUUAGAUGGAAUCAGGCUGGAGACUUGAUGCAAUGAUUGCUUUUCUAGCCAUCUCUUUGUAGUUUGGUAUUAAUAAUAACAGCUGCUAGUGAUGAUUUCUGUAUGGAUUUUUUUAAUGAAUAAUAAAUAAAUCAUGAAAAAACGGAUUCCAGUUUUCUUUCUAUUGUCAACCCUUUGCUUUACCUCCUCCAAAGAAUCUGCUAAAGGGUUAAUUGUCUUUACAGACCUAGCAGCAGUACAGUAAUAUGAUAUUAUAAUGUUAUCCCUAUUUUCUUU